AUGACGAUUCACAAACACCUACGGCAAAACCACAGAACGGAGCAUCCAUAUCGAGCACCGGAAGAGGAAGAGGACUUGGCUCAUAUUAAUAUGACUCUACGUUAUGCUCUGAUUGUAUUCGGAAUGGUUCCGUUUACAACUUUUCUUCUUGGUAUUUGGGUUGCUGCUCAUCCUCAUUUCUAUAGAAUUGAAAUGCAUAAGAAUAUGUCCGAUUAUAUUAAAGCAAAUUAUCAGUGGAACGAAACUGGAAAUGGUCAAAUAUGGAUACCAUGGGAAAACAAUACGAAAUGGAAUCUGGGAUCUUAUUGGAAUAAUCUCUACGUCAACAACCAAACUGCGUAUACUUUUGGUAUAAAUGACCAUAAUUUUUGUAAUGAACGAAAAGACGAUCAAUUCAAAUACGGAGGAUGGUCAACAUCCAUCUAUCGUUCUUCACAGUUGUAUUCAAGUGUCCAGACCUCACUGCGAUAUGGUGUCCUUUUCGUGUUCCUCCCAUUCGUCUUCAACUCUUUCAUCCUUGCAAAAUCUCUGGUUAUCCAACAUCAAACUUUGGCUUCUGUAGUGAUAGGAACGCUAUAUUUUUGCAAUGAAGUGAUCCUUCAUAUAUCGUACUUUGCUGUACUCACUCUUCAUGUGACUCAUGAACAGGAUUAUAUUCCAAUUAGUAACAUCUACUUUUCAAUUGCAAUGAUACUGUCUAUAUUGAAGCUGAUGUUGAGAAACUUUACAGAGCCUGUUGGACUGUCAACAAUAAUCCGAGGUGUUGGAGUUUUUAUUCUAAUUGUUGCACACGAUCCGUUGACUGCGAAUGUUCAAGAUUUUAUUGAUCAUGUUUAUUGUGACACUUUCGUGACUCCAUUCAUCUGCGUUUUGGAACUCACUUGUAUCCUCAUUCUCUUCUUCAACAACCUCUAUGACAUCCAACAGUCUCGACUAGUUCACCUCGUUGUCUCACAGACAAUAGACGAUGUUAGCAUUCAGAAAAUGGCGAGAAAGUCUGUAUUCCGGCGUGGUAAGCCGCCAUCAAAUUAA